AGCUGCUCCGACUCGCUUGCGGUGGAAUUCGGGCUCCUUUUCUGGGUUUCAUCUAUUUACAACAUAAGUUUCCUUCCAAACGUAUAACGUUGUCUAUAAUAAUUUAAAUAAUUCAAUCAUAUGUUUGUGGAUGACAUUUGUGAAACAUAUGUUGCCCAAAACGUUGCCAUAUAUCAUAAUAAAAUUUUAUAGAAAUUAAGCAUUGACUGUGAAACGCAAACGACUACUCAGUUUGCAACAAUGCUUAGCUAAGAUUUUAUUUGGGCACAACUUAAAUAUGGACUGUAAAACUGGUCAUAAGUGUUUUUCAAAAUCGUACUACAUUUCGUUUUCUAAAUAUGAGCCAGUUAAUCGUUUUUAGUUCUGCUGUUCCAAAAUACUAGACGCUAUUAUGGAAUAAUGUUUGGUGCACGGGAAUUCGAGAUUGGAAGCAUUUAUCAGAAAGAAUUAAACAACACAGUUGUGGCCAUUCGGAAGCAUGUGUAUGAAUUUUGGAGAAAAAAAGCGAUACUAAUACUAUCGAUAAGGAACUUGAAAAUGAAAUUCGCAAAGAAGCAUCAUUUUGGAAAAUGGUUUUCAAAGGUUAUUCGAAAAAAAUUUUGUACAUAUAUCUUUUUCAAACGUUGAGAUUUAUUGUCAAAAUUCACUGGCGAAUCAUUUCUCUAAAAAACUAAAUCCGACUAUAUGGUCAAGUAGCGUCGUACCGACAUCUGCAAUAAAACUUUGUUAUAUUGAUAGUAUCAAAGCAUUUUCAGAAACAGUUCUAAGUCCUAAUAUAGAUGAGCGUAGUGAAGCGGAGAGUAUUAAAGCAAAAAUGCUAAAUUUCGAGAUCGUGUUGCUUUGCGAAUUCAUGCACAGUGUAUUGAACAAUAUCAAUUAUGCAUCCAAAACUUUACAAAACUUGACAGAGAACUUGAAUUAGAUGCUGCAUUCAGUCCUAUCUUGUUCGAUUGAUACAUUCUCCGCGGUUUAUCACCCAAGUUUUCUAACAAAGAAAAGGCAACAGCUGACAUCUAACAUCAUUGUUCAUCGAGCACUCUGACAUUUUUAAAAUAUCGGAGCGGUCAACGAAAUAAGAAAAGAAGCGAAAAAUAGUGCAGUAACUCCCUGUUAUUCCCACAAACUGAAUAGAAGUAUUUUCAAAUCUGUUAAGAUACGAUUAAUCGAGAUGGUUGCUAUACCAUAAGAGACAAUUUUCGAACGCAUUGGGGAAAAUACUUGGCGAACAACUUAUCCAGUUAUGUGAAACAAAAUUGGUUCAACGGCACAUAAAGUUCUCCAAUUUGCCGUAAAAUUGUCGUUGAUCGUCAAAGCUCUGACAAAAUUUAGUAACUGGAAAAAUAAGGAAACAGCGGGAAAAGCAACGAUACUCAUCGCAGCCGUGUGCAAAUUUCAAUUUAUAAUUGGGAUUUUUUACCUACAUAUAUGAUAUUCUAUCUCUAACUCAUUCACUGUGAUUCUUCUGAAACAAUCGAUCGAUCUGGCAAAUGCAUCAAAUAUAAUAAACUCGGCGAAAAAAAACCCACGCAUUCUCCAUAGUGGUUUUAUAUAACGCAAAACUUAGAUUCAUAUUAUCCUAAAAUAAACAUUUUUCUUUGAGGAUCAACCACUUUUAUUUAGUUUAUGUUUCAAGCAUGUUUAUAUAAAAAACUUAUAGUUUAACACUUGUUUUAGUGAAAAAUGUAAAAACAAACACAUAGCAAAUCACAGAAGUAAAUUUUGUUAUGAACAAUAAUGUAAUUUUUAAACAAGUUAUUUAUAUAUUUUAUGUUUUAUAUGAUUUUUAUUUAGCAAUAGAAUAUAUAACAAAUCAAUCUUUUUGUAGAACACCCCCUCCUCCUAAUAACCUAAUAAUAAUUUGUUUAGGCAUGGAUUCAAAAAGCGUUGAAGAUAAUUUUUAUUAAUUUCCUCAUUCCGCACAACUUCAAUAAUAUUUUCCUUUUUUUUUAGAUUUUUUGAACGUUUUUCCCUUAUCAUUUUGCCCUAUAAUGCCAGCAGUUCUCAAUUGGAUUGGAUUGAGAUCUGGACUGUUUCCUGGCCACGUGAGAGACUCUAUUCCAUAAAAAUCUUUUUGUUUUGAAACCUGAAUUAAAAGGAUAAUUGUACCUCACAACUAAAUGAUGUGUUCUGUUAUUAGCAUUGCGCUCUUCUAUUGGUUUAUUUUCUAUACCGCUAAUUUACCUCAGUGUUGUGGGCACGGACGAUUGAUUGAACCGCCUAGUAGAGCGUCAGCAUGGCGAUAUGGAUUUCAGACGCCACCAAAUUACAAUGACCACGAAUUAUAUUGCGGUGGAUUUACACGUCAAUGGAAGCAAAACAAUGGAAAAUGCGGCGAGUGCGGGGACGCAUGGGAUUUACCCAAGCCAAGACCACAUGAGUCCGGUGGUUUUUGGGGAAAAGGAGUAAUCGUAAGGAAAUACUCAUCAGAAUCUGUUAUGCUUAUUCGUGUUGAACUCACAGCUAGUCACAUGGGGUAUUUUGAGUUUCGCAUUUGCUCACAACCAUAUGCACAGCAGGAGUGUUUCGAUCAACAUUUAUUGAAAGUACAGUCAGGAUUUCCGAGUCAAUCAAUAUCAACUGAUCUUGAAACUAGAUUUUAUCCGAGAAAUGGCAGUUUAAUAUAUAAUGUUAAAGUCCAACUUCCUAAAGGUUUGAACUGUAAUCACUGUGUGUUGCAAUGGCGUUAUAUAGCUGGUAACAACUGGGGUAUUUGUCCGGAUGGAAAUGGUGCUGUAGGCUGUGGACCACAAGAAGAGUUUCGCGCCUGCUCUGACAUCGUUAUAAAUGGUCACGAAUACAAACCGGAUUCUCCGUCCGAACCAAGGGCAACAGAAAGUCCAAAACACAGACAGACACCAACCAAAGAACACUUCGAUGAAUUUAAUUAUAUCAAAUUGAUAAUUUCAUUAAUUUUGCUAGUAAUUUUCUUUAUGACAGUAGGCGUUGGGUUUUUGUUUAGAGCGAAAAUUAAACGUUAUAUCAAAACCAAUUUGUAUACCAGACUUCGAAAAGCCCACCCGUUCUCAUUAAGUGAUAUUGCGUCUAAGCCGGAACCAUCUUUAAGGACUAUCUCGUCUUCUAUGGAAGGUAAAACUUCAAAUUCUGCUGAAAUUAAGUCUAGUUUGACGCCACCAAUACCGCCACCAAGAUCAAAAAGAAACCUUCAUGUUGAGAAUAAUCGCUUAUUUUCUCAAUCUUCAAACUUAGAAAUAUAAAAAUUAAAUAAAGAAUAUUAUUUAUAAAAUAAAGUUAAAAAAUAUAUAUGGGGUACUCACAAGCCGUCGUAAAACAUCGUCAAAUCGUAAAAUUAUAAAUUUUUGCACUUGCUUAAAAAAAUUGUUGUUAUAUUUCAUACAAAAAUGAGUUUA